AUGGUUUCUUCUCUCCAGGAUUUCAAAACCUAUGUGGAUCAAGCUUGUAGAGCUGCUGAAGAAUUUGUCAACAUUUAUUAUGAGACAAUGGACAAAAGAAGAAGGGUUUUGACUAGACUUUAUUUGGACAAAGCAACAUUAGUCUGGAAUGGUAAUGCAGUGUCUGGGCAAGAAGCAUUGAAUGAAUUUUUUGAAAUGUUGCCAUCUAGCGAAUUCCAGGUUAAUGUAUUGGACUGCCAACCUGUUCACGAGCAAGCUACUCAGAGCCAGACGACAGUCCUGGUAGUGACAUGUGGGACAGUAAAAUUUGAUGGCAACAAGCAGCGCUACUUCAAUCAGAACUUCUUGCUGACAGCACAAGCCACACCUACCAACACAGUGUGGAAGAUUGCAAGUGACUGUUUCCGCUUUCAGGACUGGGCCAGUUAGUGAGGACUGACUACGGGAAGUGACCUCUUUCCUUCGGCGUGUUGAAGUUAGCUGUACAGACGGUCAUCCUCCAAGCAUGGGAAAGGCUCACUCUUCCUGUUGCAUCUGUUGCUGUGGAAGCUCUGCAGAUGUCUCUGCAUUGAUCCCAAUGGCCAUGGUUUUAGUAGUAAACAAUCUUAAAAUGUAAGAGGUUGCUGAUGUUAGUUGAACCUAAUGAAAUGCUGAAGGCAAUGAGCUGUGUUGGUAUCAUUCCUAAAAUGCCUUACAUGCAGCAAUGCUGCCACUUACAGACUUUUUGUAUGUAAUAUUGAAUGCUCAAACUCUACUAUUUGAAUUCAAAAUAAUCUUAAUGUACAAUUCUGACCAAACAUGUAAUUGCUUCAACUUGAAAAGGUCUGUUUUUACAGUAGCAUCUUCCCUCUUUUGAAGAAGAUGCUUGUGGCAUGUAUAUAGAAGUCUCAAAGCUACUUGCUUUCAGUUGGUUAUAAGAGUCUAGGAAGGACUGACAAUGAUUUCUGCUGUUUGUGAAAGUAGCAAAUAUAGAUCCUUACUUUGUAAUCUCAAAAAAAAAAAAAAUCUAUUGAAAAGCUAAUGUUACCUUCCUUGGUAUGGAAGAAUUGGAAGGAUUAAAUAUUCUUCAGGUUUUCUUCUGACUUAAGCUUCUCAGAAUUUGGUUGUGGUUAAUAUAUGUUGAUUCAUAUGUGGGGAAUACUGAAUGAUUCAGAGCCCUUAUGCCAACAGCUCUGCUAAAAGCAUGCAAAGGACUUCAAUUUGAUUAUCUUUCUUUUGAAGUCUUGCAGUGUAAGAAAGCAGUUAACAAUAUUGUCUGCUUAACAAAACAGUCUGCUUUAACUGUUAAUUUUGUUGCUGUGAAGGAUGGACUAUUUUUUUCCAUCUUUAACCAAUUAAAUUUAAAUCCCUAUUUUCUUUUCAGUAAAUACUAUAUUAAAAAAGUAGCACUGAAACAUGCAAGUUUUCAAUCCCUAUUGUCUUUUCGGGAAACAUUGUAAUAAAAAAAGUGGCACUGAAAGUGUGUGUUGCUGCGAGGCCUUCAAUUUUCUCUCUAGUACUAUUAUUCAGAACAGGUGCUUUGAUUAUUGUGAACUUGGAAGGAGAAAAGCUCUGAACACAAAUAAUAUUUUCCUCUCAUGCAGAGCUCAAUUAUACUUUUUUUUUUUUAAUAUUACUUUUCAUGAGUCUGGGCUUUUAAAAUCUUACAUUAACUCUAAAGUUAAAACCCUUUUAAACUGCUUUAAAGUACUUUUCAAGGGUACAGGUUAGAAGUUUGCCAGUCUUAACCUGGAAACUUAGAGUAAAUCUGAGUAUCAGAAUGUUGUAUUUCAAAUUGGUACAUUUCUAUUUUAAGCUGGGCAAAAAAAAAAAAAACUUAUAUAGAGAAGAAUACACUUGCUUGUAACUGAAGAUACAUGAGAGGAACUUGUGGCUCUGAUCUUGACAAUGUUGCAAUGACAGCAGCAACCUGAAUACACAAAGGAGUUAGAACUGCAGCUCCCUUGCUUUUAUUACUUAAAUCGGAAAACUAUGAAACUAAACAAUAUCUAACCUGCGUAAAACAUCUGUAGAUUAUGUGAUAUUAUCCCGCAAAUAAUGGGAUAGCAUGAUAUUUAGGUGAAAUGGCUGGUUUUAUUUCCUUUUAAGGCACUCUAGUCUUUACAUCAGUAAGUUAGAAUUAGUAACCUGACUUAUUACAGAAACUGUUUUAUGUUCUGAAUAGUUCCUAAAGCUACUGUGUAACUAUUCUUCAUCUUGAAGAAUAUGAAUCGUUGCAAAACAAUGUAAGAAGUCCAAAAUCUUUGAAAAUUGUAAAUACUGUAAAUACAUUAUUUCUGUAUGUGGUGAAGAAAGGGUUGGCCUAUUUAAUUGCAGUUGGUCUUAACGUAGUGUGAGAGGCUCAUAUAAUUGUAUGUCUUCUAAAAAUUUGAAAAGAAAGCCUAACCUUCAAUUUGCCUGUUGCUGAUACAGCGCUAUUGAGCUGUGUCAUGGUGUGGUGUGUUUUUGUUUUUUUAAUUUGCUGUUGCGUACAUAAGUUGUGUUACAGGCCUGCUUUGCACACGCAAAGCAUGUUUUGUCUCACUGCGUUUUACAGUGUAGUGAAGGGGGCAACUGUAACAUUUGGCUAUUGAAUUUUGAACACAGUCACCAGAACACGCACGUUUACCUGUACUUGAUAAACUUUUUCUGGGAAUAGAUACUUAUUGGCUGGAUUUUGGGGGGAAAUGGAUUAGCAGCUAAUUCCUUCUGUCUAGGCAGAAGCGUUAGUCAUUUGUCACCUAUUUCCCUCAUCUUGUUCCAGUGCUUCAGCGCUCCCAUAAUUAAAUGUUGCUUUUUAUAACUGAAAAUGCUGUUUCCCAAAGUAUUUUUAUGGAGCAUACCAGUGUUUACGGAGCAUACUGAGUGGUAAUACAGCUGAAUAAAUGAAAUCGGUGAUUUUUAGAGCUGAAUGAUUAAUGGCACAGACAAAAAUUCUCCUCCAGAUUAGCUGGAGAAGUUAGGAAUGUCACAGCGCUGCGCUGCGCUGCUUGUUACCACUUCUGUGGUAAAGUCCAGAGAAGAGAACAUGUAAAUGCUUUUUACUUGGUUUAUUCACUGCAAAAUCGUUGAGGCUGGUUUAGUGUUCCCUGCUGCUGACUCUGCUGUAGUAUCUUAAAUUUACAUUGGCCCUUUAUAAGUUGAACAUGUAAACUGUGACCGAGAGUCUGAAAACUGCCAUUUACUUAUGUUUGAUACCAAAUUACUAGCCUAAAACAGACCAGUGAAACAAAGCCAGCUGAAGAGAUAAGCACUUUUGAAUACCAACUUGUGGCUA